UAACAGUUUCUAUUUUAACUGAGAAUAAACAAUUAGCAUCGUUCAUGUAAAAAAAAAUCUAGAGUUAUUUGUAUAAUAUAUAUAAAAGGUGAAUAUAUGUAACUCAAAGUUCUUUAUGGUCUGUUGAUACAUAAGUAAAACCGAUAAAAAUGAGGCACCAAGUUCAGUGUUCAGAUUAGGGGUGGCUCCGGUUAAAUUAACCUGAAUUGAUCUAGUCCCGGUUCGAUUUUUUCGAGAAUAUAAGGAUAAAAAUUGGAUUGGAGACAGUCUGAUCUUGAUCCGGUCCGAUAACAAUUCGGUCUUGAGUGGCAUGAGGCCUGAAAGGGUGAGGAUGUUAACUUUUGGGUGUUGGGCUCUCUUAUCCGGUCUUUGUCCGAUUUUUGGUCUAAUCUUGAACGAUUUUUUUUACCUCAAAGCUAGACCCAAAAAUGAGAUUGAAUUGUUUGUUAUCCGGUACAGGUCCGAGUUAUACGGUCCGAUUUCGGGUAAAACCAAAAAGUCCGAAACAAAUAGCCGUUAUAUACAAGUACAGACAUUUUUAGUGCCAUAAUUAAUCUAGAGCCAAGAAUGAUGAUUUAUUUCAGGUGAAUAAUUACCUUCUUAACCCUGUACUGUUCCGAGCGAUCAGCCUAUAUUACUGCAAGUCUGCAACGAUAGCAUUUAAUCAUCAUCCCAAUCAAAUCAGAAACCAACUCAUCCCUCAGAGAUGAACAUUCGCAAAACCAGCCGUACGUCCUACGCCGGCGCCGCCGGCCGUAGAUCUGUACUCUUCAUCAUCAUCUCCCUCCUGUCGGCGGCAACCUCCACGAUCCUGAUGGCCGACGCCAUGGUGACCCUCUUCGUGCGCAACAACGUGACGUACACGAGCCAGCCUCUGCUGGUCCACUGCUGGUCUGGCGACGACGACAUCGGGAAAAAAAACGUUUCUUUCGGCGACGAGUACGCCUUCAGCUUCGGGCCCUUGCUGUGGACCAAGUUUUGGUGCAACCUGGAACCGGAUACCAACUGGCACGCGUACUUCGUGGCAUGGGAAGACGGCUACGGCGACGGCAUUGGCUCGUAUUAUUGGUACGCCGGAGACGACGGCGUUCACGGAAGGACAGCUGUCCGCGGCGAGGAUUUGCAUACUUGGGAGUGGGAACAUAAUUAAGUAUUAGAUUAAAUGAAAGGAAGCAACACGAGAGUGAUGACCUUACUAAUAAUCAGUAAUCAUACUCUAUCGUCAUAUCACGUUUAAGUAUUUAAGUUCUUGCACAAGUUUUCAAGUUUACUAGUUUAUGGAAGAAACUCAUAUACCAUUUAUUUGUCAAAUAACUAGUUACUCCCAAUAACUCGAGUUAUUGGGAUCAACUGGUUUAUGUCAUGGUAUCAGAGCUUUCUGUGACCGAGAGAUCUUGUGUUCGAUUCCCGGUGACCCCCAUUUGUUAAGCACAUGAUAUUCUUGUUUUCAGACCUGUGCAAACUUCAAGCCCUUGUGAGUGGUUUUCGUUUGAGGGGGCUUGUUAAUGUUGUGGUAUAUGAUCCAUGAUUGACCUCUCCCAACAACUGGAGUUAUCAGGAUCAACUGGUUUAUGUCAUUAUUAACACAUCUUUCUCAAAUCACUACAACAUUUUUGUUAAAUCACUACCAAUUUAAGUAGUAGUAAUUUCCAGUUGCGUUUCUUCUUCCACGUAAAAAUUCUUUAUGAGCGGAGAGAGAUAUAUUUUCAAAUUUUAAUUUAUUUAUUAAAUUAAAUUUUUAAAA